AAGUACAGCAACAUGGCGUCAGCUGUCACAGUGUUUAUGUUGUCAUUUUUGUCCAACGUAUUGUUUAUUUUGGAAGCAGCGGACAGCGAUUUCCUGAGUACGUUAGGCGCAUGCUACAAACCUAUCCGGGACGGUAGACCUACAUCUGUCAAGACAUAUCCCCGACCACAUGAAUACCUUAAUGUGUCUGAGCUGCCAGCAGUUUGGGACUGGAGAAACAUUGAGGGGAAAAACUAUGCCAGCAUCACGAGGAACCAACACAUUCCACAGUACUGCGGCUCGUGCUGGGCCAUGGGAUCUAGCAGUGCAAUUGCCGACCGUAUCAACAUCAAGCGUGGUGGUACGUGGCCAUCAGCCUAUCUGUCUGUCCAGAACGUGAUCGACUGCGGCCAUGCUGGGUCCUGCUACGGAGGAGACCACACAGGGGUGUACCAAUACGCUCACCAGAAGGGCAUCCCCGACGAGACAUGCAACAACUAUCAGGCUAAGAACCAAAAGUGUGAGCUGUUCAACCAGUGUGGGACGUGUUCCUCUGAUGCGUGUGCUGUGGUGCAGAACUACACCCUGUGGAAGGUAGGAGACUACGGGGAGGUGUCAGGACUAAACCAGAUGAAGGCUGAGAUAUACACCAACGGGCCAAUCAGCUGCGGUGUGAUGGCUACGAAGGGCCUGGAGGCGUAUCGUGGUGGUGUGUUUGCCGAGUUCCACCCCUUGUCUCUAAUGAACCAUAUCAUCUCAGUAGCAGGCUGGGGGGUGGCGGAGGACGGGACAGAGUACUGGGUGGUCCGCAACUCCUGGGGAGAACCUUGGGGAGAGUACGGCUGGGCGAGGAUCGUAACCAGUGCUUAUAAAGGAGGGAAAGGUAACUGGUACAACCUGGCCAUAGAGAAGAGCUGUGCUUACGGAGACCCCGUCAUUACGUAGAGGACAAGAGGAAACGAGUGUCAUAACCAUCAGCCGACUGACCUGAUCAAUGAAUAUUAAAACUGGGGAACACUUGAUCGGUGCUGCCGUCAAGUGGUGUCAAAUGGUUCCCAUAGUAGGAUGUUCAAGUUGAUAGGGAUAACAUUGGGAAGAUCUGGCCCCUGUAUUCAUUUUAAAAAAACGUCUUACAGUCAAGAUGCUGAUCUAGGAUCAGUUUAGCCUUUUAGAUUGUAGUGAAUAAGAACUACAUGGACAGAGAGGAUCUGAUCUAGGAUCAGUUUAGCCUUUUAGAUUGUAGUGAAUAAGAACUACAUGGACAGGGAGGAUCUGAUCUAGGAUCAGUGUAGCCUUUUAGAUUGUAGUGAAUAAGAACUACAUGGACAGAGAGGAUCUGAUCUAGGAUCAGUGUAGCCUUUUAGAUUGUAGUGAAUAAGAACUACAUGGACAGGGAGGAUCUGAUCCGAGACCAGCACUCCUACUGUGAGACGCUUUGUGAAUAUAGGACCUGGAGCCUACCUCGUCCUUCAUUAGUAGCCUCACUCCUCCUCUCCUACCUCCUUCUCUCCUCUCCUACCUCCUCUCUCCUCCUCUCCUACCUCCUUCUCUCCUCCUCUCCUACCUCCUCUCUCCUCCUUCUCUCCUCUCCUACCUCCUCAUCUCCUCCUCUCCUACCUCGUCCUUCAUUAGUAGCCUCUCUCCUCCUCCUCUCUCCUCCUUCUCUCCUCCUCUCCUACCUCCUCCUCUCCUACCUCCUCAUCUCCUCCUCUCCUACCUCAUCCUUCAUUAGUAGCCUCUCCUACCUCCUUCUCUCCUCCUCCUCUCCUACCUCCUCCUCUCUCCUCCUCUCCUACCUCUUCCUCUCUCCUCCUCUCCUACCUCUUCCUCUCUCCUCCUCUCCUACCUCCUUCUCUCCUCCUCUCCUUCUCUCCUCCUCUCCUACCUCCUCCUCUCUCCUCUUCUCCUCCUCUCCUACCUCUUCCUCUCUCCUCCUCUCCUACCUCCUUCUCUCUCCUCCUCUACUACCUCCUCCUCUCUCCUCCCCUCUUCACCUCUACUACCUCCUCCUCUCUCCUCCUCUACCUCCUCCUCUCCUCCUACCUCCUCCUCUCUCCUCCUCUCCUACCUCCUCCUCUCUCCUCCGCUACUACCUCCUCCUCUCUCCUCCUCCUCCUCUACCUCCUCCUCUACUACCUCCUCCUCUCUCCUCCUCUCCUACCCCCUCCUCUCUCCUCCCCUCUCCUCCUCUACUACCUCCUCCUCUCUCCUCCCCUCUCCUCCUCUACUACCUCCUGCUCUCUCCUCCCCUCUCCUCCUCUCCUACCUCCUCCUCUCUCCUCCUCUCCUACCUCCUCCUCUACUACCUCUUCCUCUCUCCUCCUCCCUCCUCCCCUCUCCUCCUCUACUACCUCCUCCUCUCUCCUCCUCUCUCCUCCUCUCCUACCUCCUCCUACCUCCUCCUCUCUCCUCCUCUCCUACCUCCUCCUCUACUACCUCUUCCUCUCUCCUCCUCCCUCCUCCCCUCUCCUCCUCUACUACCUCCUCCUCUCUCCUCCCCUCUCCUCCUCUACUACCUCCUGCUCUCUCCUCCCCUCUCCUCCUCUCCUACCUCCUCCUCUCCCUCCUACCCUGGCCAGGGAGAGAGAUGGAUGGAUAGACACAUCUAAGAUGCUUUUCUAUCAUUUAUAGGUCAGGGUUUGUAUUCCUAAAGCAACCGAGUAGGAGAGCUGAUCUAGGAUCAGUGUAGCCUUUUAGAUUGUAGUGAAUAAGAACUACAUGGACAGGGAGGAUCUGAUCUAGGAUCAGUUUAGCCUUUUAGAUUGUAGUGAAUAAGAACUACAUGGACAGGGAGGAUCUGAUCUAGGAUCAGUUUAGCCUUUUAGAGUGUAGUGAAUAAGAACUACAUGGACAGGGAGGAUCUGAUCUAGGAUCAGUGUAGCCUUUUAGAUUGUAGUGAAUAAGAACUACAUGGACAGGGAGGAUCUGAUCUAGGAUCAGUUUAGCCUUUUAGAUUGUAGUGAAUAAGAACUACAUGGACAGAGAGGAUCUGAUCCUAGACCAGCACUCCUACUGUGAGACGCUUUGUAAAUAGGGGCAGUUAGCUUUGUAAAUAGGGGCAGUUAGCUUUGUAAAUAGGGGCAGUUAGCUUUGUAAAUAGGGGCAGUUCUCUGUAACUAAUCGCUAACUUUCCACUGAUAUUAGGAGUUUAAUCUGAACAUUUGUUUCUCAGGCCAUGGCUUUCAGCUCACUCAAGGUCCUGCGACGGACUCCUUUCAACUCAACGUUUCAGUCUUGUGACAACACACAACGACACUAAACCACACGACACACUAAUUCUGUACAGGGAUAUUUAACUGGUGUUUUUAUUAAUUAACAAAUGUCUUUGAAAAGAAUAAACAAUGAUUUUUUUUUUUUUACCUUUUUUUUUUUCUCCUGCCAUUUGGUUUGUAGUUUGUACAGCAAAACAUGGCUCUAAACUAACCCGGUUUAAGCAGGUAAUUGUACCUUAAAGCUGUUCAUGGGUCAGGAAAGGUUAGGAUGAUCAGGAUGAUCUGGUUAGUUACAUUACGUUCCUGAUCUUUUCUUAGAUUGGAUAGUUGGCCAAUCUGAGAGUCCAGUCCUGAUGGUCAAAUCCCAGAUACAAACUAAAUCUCUACAGGCGAGGCGGUUGCCGUUAGUUUAGUAAAUUAGAUAGCCGCUCUAAAGACGUUAAUCUCGUUUAAAGGCCCAGUUCAGUCAAAAACAUAUAUAUUUUUUUUAAAUAUAUAUACUUCCACACUAUGAGGUUGGAAUGAUACUGUGGAAUGAAGGAAAUUAUGAGAAUGUUAUUUUAGAGUAAGAGCUGUUUUGAAAAGGCUGCUUGAAAUGCCAGCCUGUUUUCUGUGGGAUGGAGUUGUCAUUUGUUUGUCUCCCAUCACAAUCCCAUCACAGCAGUACAGUAUGCCUUUAACUGCUCACCAAACAUGUCACGUUGCGUAAGCAUUGCAAAAUACUUAUACACGUACAUUAUUCAAUCAUUUCAUCCAAACUGCUCGCCUACGUCAACAGAGAUUUGCGUAACCAGGGGCUAAAAUAGAACUUGGUUCUAUUUGAAACGAACUAUCGGACCAGAACGUGGUUCUAUUGGAACAGAACUAUUGGACCAGAACGUGGUUCUAUUUAAACAGAAUGUGGUUCUAUAGGAACAGAACUUGGUUCUAUUUGACCAGAACUUGGUUCUAUUUGAACCGAACUAUUGGACCAGAACGUGGUUCUAUUGGAACAGAACGUGGUUCUAUUUGACCAGAACCUGGUUCUAUAUGACCAGAACCUGGUUCUAUUUGACCAGAACCUGGUUCUAUAUGACCAGAACCUGGUUCUAUUUGAGAUGCUGCAACAAAACCGAAGGUGCACAGCUAUGGGGCAAUGGGGUUGGCUUAGAUUGUUGAAUACAUGUCAACUGUAUUUAGUCUCCAAUGUUGAUUGAAAAAAUAAAGUUUCACAAUGA